UUGACCGUGCAUUCGACCGAUUAAUCGGCCUGAGCCGCCCGUGCCAUCGUUUUAAGCGUCGUUCCGUUCCGUUCCAUGCAAUUUGCGAAAAAAAAUUCGGGAAAAUUAACGAGAAAUAUGUUAUUUCCCAGUGCCAACUUAUGAAACCCGUCAUAUUGCAGUUGUGACUAGAAGAAAAACCUUUGCUUUUUCACACAGCCGGCUUUUUUCGGUUGGCUGCAAACCAACAAUAAAAAUUAGAAAAAACUCUUCCCCGUGUACGUGUACGUGUGCGUGUGUGUGCGAGUGAGCGAGUGUGUGUGUAUGUGAAGAAAACGCCGCACACUGCGAAAAUUUUCCUUUCCCCAACGGUCGAAUAUAACCGCUAAAAUUGUGGAAAAACAGGAGAAAACCCCUAAGCGGAAGAAGAAGACUGCAGCCAGUAAAAUGUCUGCAGUUUAUUCACCGCAACCGCCGCAGCAGCAGCCGCAACAGCAGCAGCAACUGCAGCAGCAGCCUCCCCCGCCACAACAACAACAACAGCAGCAACAACAAUUGCAGCAACCGCCCCCAAAUUCUGUGCCCAAUCAACAGCCUCCUGGAUCUGGAGUUGGUCCCGGCGGAGGAGGUGGGGGAGGUCCCGGUGGUGGCGGGGUAGGAAUGGGCGGACCCGGUGGAGGCGGUGUUCUGCCCAUGAGCAUGCAGCAGCAACAACAACAACGUCCGCCUAUGGGUGUGCCAGGUUCACCGGGUGGCAUAAUCUCGGGUGGUGGUGGCGGAGGUGGUGGUAUACCCGGUGGCGGUCUAAUGGUCACACCACCAUCCACACCACGCGGUGGCUCCAAUCUGCAAGGCGGUGGCGGUGGUGGUGUUGUUCCGCCUCAGGUGAACUCCGCUCAAAUCCAAAAGAUGCUCGACGAGAAUUGCGGCCUAAUCCAGACGAUUCAAGACUUCCAGAGCAUGGGCAAGGCGCAGGAGUGUAUGUCCUACCAUGUCGCAUUGCAUCGCAAUUUGGUUUACCUUGCCCAGCUGGCCGAUCCUGCCAUGAACAUCUCACAAAUACUGCCGCCACCGCACAUCCUCCAAACGCAGGCGAUGCAACAGGGCGGCCAGCAAACACCGCCAACUGGACCGCACGGUAUGCUGGGUGGUCCGCCGCAGCAACAGCAGCCGGGGCAAGGUCCGGUGCCGGGUCAACCUGGUCAGGGACCACCGCAAAUGGGCAUGCAGCAACACGUCGGUGAUCCUCAGGGUCCGCCCGUCCAAAUGCCGCCCUAUGGUGCACAGCAGCAGCAACAGCAGCCGCAACCACAUCCAGGCCUGCCUCCUGGUGCCCAACAGCAAUCUCAACAGCAGCAGCAGCAGCAGCAACAGCAGCAGCAACAGCAACAACAACAGCAGGCAGCAGCGGCGGCUGCAGCAGCAGCAGCAGCAGCCGCAGCAGCAGCUGGUCAACAACAGCAAGGACCGCAGGUCAGCCAAGCCGGUCCGCAGUCACAACAGCAACAGCAACAACAACAACAGCAACAGCAUCCCGUUUACCGUAACGCCCAGGGUCAGGGACAACCGGGAGCUGGCCAGGGACCUGGUCAGGGUCAAGGACCGGGUCAGUCCGUUAUUAAUCCGAAUGCAGCGCCCAAUCAACAGCGUCCGAACAAUGGACCCCUUCCCGGACCACAGAAUCCCCAGCAACAGCAACCGCAACCUGGAGGCCAACAGCCGCCCAAUCAGCAACAGCAGGGAGGUCCUGGUGGACCAGGACCACAGCCGGGAGCCGGAGGACCCGGUGUACCGCCACCACAGAGCCCGUAUCGUGUUAGUUACCAGCAGCAGCAGCAACAGCACGGUCACUAUCCUGGAUAUCCACCACAGCCACAGACGCAGUACCAGCCGCAGGGUGCCUAUCCCUAUGGACCGCCAUCACAGGGUUAUGGCCCACCGCCUCCGGGGCCCCCAAAUGCAGCUCAAGGUGGCUACCAUCAUGGCCCAGCCGGUGCGGCGACGGGAGCCAGUGGGCAUGGCUAUCAGACAAAUGCCGGAGCCGGACAAGGACCACCACCAGGCGCAUAUCCACCGCCACCUGGUAGCCAGCAGGUUCCACCGGUACCAGGACAACAGCAACCGCCGCCGGGACCUCCACCACCAGGUCAACCGCCAACCGGUGGACAGCAACCGCCACCAGGCCCGCCGCAAAGUCAAUACGGUCCGCCGCCACCACAGAAUCCCGCUGGAGGACCGCCCCCGAUGGGCUAUGCGGGCUAUCCACCAAAUCCUGGUCAGUAUGGUCAGGCGGGAGCGGGAGGAGGGCCUCCACCUAGUGGCUAUUGGCCACCGCCACCACCUACGAGCAGCGCUCAAAGUCCAUAUCAAGCCUAUCAACAACAGCAACAGGCGGCAGCUGGAGGCGGAGCGGGUGCACCGCCGGGAAGUAGCUAUCCGGGAGGACCGCCCACUAGCGGAGCGGCGCCACCACCACCACCGGGUGGAGCGUACAGCACAACGGCGCCGAGUCAGACGCCACCACCCCAAGGAGGCGGCGGUGCUGGCGGUGGCAACGCAAAUCCUAAUGGUCCCAACGCACAGCAAUCGACGCCGCCACCGCAGGGAGGAGCUGGUGGUGGAACGGGGCCGAGCGGACCUGGUGGAGCUGGCCAGCAAUAUGCGGGACCACCGCAGCAACAGCAACAACAACCACCAGGAGUGGUAGUUUCCGGUGUGGCGCCGCUGCCAACACAAGUCCAGCCCACUUACUCGACUCCUGGCAAUUACAAUCAACAGCCCGGUGCCCCUCCGCCGCCCAAUCAGCAGCAGCAGCAGCAACAACAACAACAGCAACAACAGGCACCACCAUCGGCUGGAGGAUCAGCUGGCGGCGGAGGAACACCCAAUGCACAGGGUCAGGGCAGCCAGCAACCGCCUCCUAAUGGAGCUACACCGCCGAUGCCACCGAAUCAAUACCAACCGGCGCCGGGAGCUCCACAAGGUCCAUACGGAGGACCACCGCCGCCACAAGCCUAUGGGCCGCCACCACCAGGUAGUGCGUAUCCCGGGCACGCGUACCAUCAACCACCCCAAGCAGGUGGCUAUGCACAAUAUCCGCCCACGCAGGGCUAUCAGGGCUAUAGGCCAGCUGGGGCACAAAUGCCUCCACCAGGAGCACCACAAGGGCCACCACCUACAGGCGCAUACGGUUACUACAGUCAACAGCCGCCUCAAUGAGGAAGGGAUAGCCUAUUACCGCCGCUGCCACCUGGCUGUCUCCAUAACAAGUAAUUUUCGGCUGGAAAUCGCUGGUUGAAGCAGGAACCUGGAGAGGAAUCACAGGCUGACCGCCAGCAAUUGCCUUGCGAGACAAGGAAAUCCGAAUAGGAUUUGAACCAGCUGAAUAAGGUUGUGCAGCGGGAGUAAUAGUAUAACUAGGACGAAGACGAGGAGGAGCGGGAGACGGGCAGAUUAUAAAAAGAUUGAGAUAAAGUAAUUAAGAAUAUUGUAUCAGAGUAUAGAGGAGGAGGACUACGAUUAGCGGUAAAGGAAAACCCGCAAACACGUAGGAAUUACGAUUAGGAGAACAAGAAAAGUUAGCAUAAGACUAAAAGUAGCAGAAAAAACGAACGAAAAAUUAAGAUUAGAUGAGAUGUAAUUCAGAAAUGAAAAUUCAGGGUUCCCUAAAUAGAAAUACAGCACUUUCCUCAAAUUUCAAUUGAGCUGAAAAUAAAUAGAAAAGAACAUUUUAGAUGUUUCGGUGAUAGAUGGAAGAGGAGCUAAAAAAUAUAGAAAACGAACCGAAACAGUAGGUAUAGACUCUAGAACAAGAAAGGAAAAGCGAUUUAGGAUUAGGUAAGCAGAUUAAAAUGCGCAAGCGAACAAGAAAUCAGUGUCCUAGGCCCAAGAACCAGACAAAAAUGGGUGGGUCGAUUUCUAAGGAUCGGAUAGAUCGACAAAUCAAUAGCGUUCAUUUCCGUUUUAAAACGCUGAAAGCAAAUCCGAAACAAAGAUCAAUUGGGAAUAACUUUGUAUUUUGAUUCGUCAUUUAGAAUUGUAAUUAACCGUGUCGUCUCUUAAGAAUUGUGAGCUAUUGGAUUGUAUAACAUAAAUGAAGGGGUUUUCAUAGAAUUACCCAAGUUUCUAUUAUUUAUAAUGGCCCUCUCCAAUCUGUACUAAAAAUCCAUAGUAAUCGACCCAUCCCAUUAUUUAUAAUUAAUUCUCUCUCUUAAGUAGGUUCCGCUCCUCUUAAAAAACGAUUAUUCUAAACGAUUUAUACAUAAAUAUAUAUAUAAACUUAAGUCUAAGUCUAUAGAACAGGACGAGGAAGCAGCAGAAUAGUGCAUGUUUUAAAAUUAAUAACCCCUUAACUGUUUAAACUAUCAUAUAUAUAUUUUUUUUUGUAUUUUUGUAGAUGUCUGUUUUUAAAGUUCAUGCAUUUUUUGUGAAGCAAUUUUACAGUUAAUUAUUCUUGGUCCCCAUUUUCUUCCAGUAGUUUUUUUUUUUUGGUGAAUAAUGUAAUUUGUAAAAUCAGCACAUAUAUCUAUAUGAUAAGCUUAAAUUUACUAUUUAAAGUAAAACUAAUAACAAUAAAUAGCAAGCGAAAAACAUGAAUAAAUCAUAAACAUUUUAAAUAAUACGGAAACCGAGAAUAUAUAUUCUAUAUACAGAAAAUAAGAAAAUCAAAUGGAAAUGAUGCAAAACGAUUCGGUGAAUUUUGUAAUCCAUUGGAAAUUUGAAUAAAAAGGAGAAGGAGCAGUGUACAGUGAACACUCUCGAUGCAGAUCCAUAUAUACAUAACAAUGCCAACAAUCCUGAAAACAUGUUCUUGAAUUAUAUUAGAUCGGAACUAUUUAAAAUGUAAACAUAAAAAACUGUAUAUGUAAGUGCUGUUAACAACUUUUACAAUUCAUUGCUUGCACUAAAAAAAAGUUCGAAAUUAAUAUCUAAAUUAUUUAUUAAAUAAAGAAAUUAUUUAAGAUUAGUUAAAAUGUAAUCCUAAGAUGCGUAAAAUUAUUUUGAAAACAUAUUCUCGGAGCUCAUUGUGGCAAUGUAAAAUUGAAUUUAAUAUUUUCAAAAGUUCCACUAGACAUAUAGAAUCGUUCUCGCUCUAAUUAAGAGCCUGGCUAUUUCUGCACUGCUCUAAUCCGAUCUGAUAUAAUCUGAUUCGAUAUUAACGAUUACUUCAUGAUCCACAUCGAGACAACAUUUAGAUAUAUGUAUAUCAAAUAGCAUUUAGAAAUUUCUAUUUUCGAAAUGCAAAAUAAAAACAAAUUGAAAAGGUUCUAAAAACA